AUGGCUUCUUCCUCUACGGAGACCAGAAUCGCCGACGACGAUCACCUCGCGCUGGAGCUCACCGUCCGCGAUCUAGAUUCUCCGGAUUUGGAAAAAUCCGCCUCCGCACCUACAUUAGCUUCCGACGAAAUCAUCCCUCUCCUGAAUCAGAACCAAAGACCCAGGAUCAACAUCUUCUCCGCCUCCUACACUCGGCGCAAACCCAGGGAGCAAGUGUUUAAAGUAACUGAAACGGAGAUAUCACCUCUAACUCAAUUAUCUUCGUGGGUUUGGAAUGGGUCUCGUUACUCUGGCUUACUGUGUAUGGCCUUGUCAUCGACACUGUACCUCAUCAUGGAGAUAGCCUCAGAUGCUUUUUCUGUUCAGCCAAUUCCUUUGUUUGAGACCGCGUUCAUGAGAUGCACAAUUAUCUUGAUACUAUCGUACCUUUGGUUGAAAAGAAUCGGGCAACCAGUUUUUGGACCUGCGCAUGCGAGGAAGCUUUUGGUUUCAAGAGCCCUCGUGGGUUAUCUUUCGUUGUUUUGUUUCAUCUUUAGCAUCCAGAUGUUGCCGUUGUCUCAAGCUAUUGUGCUAAGCUUUGUGAAUCCAGUUAUGGCUUCCAUUGCAGCACGUGUUGUUCUGCAUGAGAAAUUGAAAAUAACUGAUAUUGGAGGUCUUGCUUGCAGCUUCUUCGGCGUGCUUUUUAUUUUUGGCCCGACACUUACUGUCCAAGUUGGAUCAGAAGUAAAUAGUGAAAGUCUUAAAGGAAACCACCAUAUUUAUGCGGUAUUAUUGGGUUUAUUAUCAUCAAUCACUGGAGGAAUCAGCUAUUGUCUAAUAAAGGCUGCUGCUAAAGCAUCGGAACAGCCAGUGAUUACUGUCCUCUCGUUUGGUUUGGUAGCUUGCCCCGCUGCAGCAAUUUGCAUGUUUUCCUUGGAGAGCUUUGUGAUGCCAGCGUUUGAAACGCUCUUUAGCAUGAUCGUACUAGGGUUGCUGGCGUUUUGCGCCGAGGUACUUUUGGCACGCGGACUUCAGCUUGAGAAAAUCAGCAAAGCUGCAAACGUUCUGUACAUGGAGGUGGUGUUAUCGCAGUUAUGGAUGAUGGGUAUGGGAAAAGCAGCGCCGUCAGGUUUGUUUAGCCGCCUUGUAGGGUGUUUGCUUAUUCUCAUAUCGGUGAGCUACACUGUUUACAUGGGACCUGCUAAAGACACUGAGUAA